GGCAGAAAAUAAGAAACAGAGUUUCAAGUAGUCGAGGCGUCUUUUCCAAUUGCAGGCGAUGGUAUACUGGGUAAUCCUUUUUUAAAGGAUAACCAAAUAAUUAUCGAUGUUGGAAAAGGGGAACUGACAGCAAAAACGGACGUCGUCAGUAUAAUACCACCACGCAGCGAAAUGAUAAUUUCGGUCAAAGUCAAUGAUGACAAUGUAAUCGGUUCACAGAACAUUUUAGUACAUGCACAAAACAAAAACAUAUCAGCAAUUUGAGGAAGACAUGCGAACAACUGUAAUAACUAACACAAGCGUCGUAGAAAUCCAAGGUGAUCUUUUCGAAGCACCUGAAGACUUGGCUAUAGGCCAUUGCGUUUCAAAGAAUUUUGAAAUGUCACGAGGAAUAGAAUUGGAAUUCAGGAGAAUAUUUGGUCAAAUUGAGAAAUUAAAAGAACAAAACAAAGAUAUCACAGAAAUUGCACACAUUAAACAUAACGGGCGAUUUUUCAUAUAUAUUAUCACUAAACAACUAUGUCAGCAAAAACCUUAUCUAGACAUAAUGUUUAAAUCUAUCGUUAAUUUACGAACAUUCUGUGAAGAAAAUAAUAUCACAAAAAUUGGACUGCCUAGAAUUGGCAGCGGACUUGACAAUUUAAAUUGGGAAACAGUUCGGUCUAUUAUCAGAUACAUAUUUAAAAAUUCAGGAAUCAAAGUUAUCAUUUACGUCGACAUCGAAUAUUCUGAUGAGGAAAAACUCAAGAUAAUUGAAGAAUUUCACAAUUCUCCACUUGGUGGUCAUCAAGGUGUGUCGAGGACUAUCAAAAGAAUCAAACUACACCACCAAUGGAAAGGAUUAAAACAUGACGUGAAGAAAUUUAUAGCUUCAUGUCACUCAUGUCAACAAAAUAAAAGCACGAAUAAAACCAUUAAACAACCUAUGGUAAUUACAACUACAUCCGAAAAACCAUUUGAGAAAGUAUUUCUUGAUAUCGUUGGUCCUCUCACAACAACACACAAAGGUCACUCGUAUAUAUUGACAAUUCAAGACGACUUGACCAAGUUUUCAGCGGCAUUUCCAUUAAUUACUCAUGAUGCAAACUCGGUAGCAAAAACAUUUGUCGAAAGAUUUAUAUGCCAACAUGGCAUACCGGAAUCAAUUGUAACGGACUGUGGGACCGAAUUUAUGAGUAAUAUUUUUAAAGAGUGCUGUAAACUACUGCAGAUAAAGAAGAUGAAUACUACCCCGUAUCAUCCUCAAUCCAAUGGUAGCUUGGAAAGGUCUCACCGUACGUUGGCAGAGUAUUUGAGGCAUUACGUGGACAAAAAUCAGACAGAUUGGGACGACUAUGUGGCUUUUGCCAUGUUUGUUUAUAAUACAACAGUGCACACAACGACCAAUCAUCAACCAUACGAACUCGUUUAUGGUUUCCCUGCGGUAGUUCCUCAUACUCUGAGCCGAGCUCCUCAGGCGAGAUAUAAUUAUGAAGACUACAUAUAUGAAUUAAAACAAAAACUACAAGAAACGUACAAGACAGCCAGAGAUAAUAUAAUAAAUAGCAAGGAAAAAUCAAAAGGAAAAUAUGAUCAAGGACAGCAACAAAUACAUAUAGAAGUUGGUGAUCAAGUUUGGGUGAAGAACCACCAACAAAAGGGGAAAUUAGGACCAGUGGGUGGGUCCUUACAAUGUGAUACAAUUACACGACAAUGAAAAUAUUACCAUCCAACGAGAUAGAAAGGAAAUUAAAUUACAUAAAAACGAGGUUAAACUCGCAACUAACACGUAAUAUUUAAAUACCAGAUAAUACAGAUUUUGUGUAUACAAACAACUAUUUAUCCGAUUUAUUAUUUGUACAUAAUAAAUACAUUUAUUUUUUUUU